AUGUCGGGAUUAAGGAUAUUAGUACCCGUCAAGCGGGUCAUUGACUACGCGGUCAAGCCCCGAGUCAACCGCGCGCAGACGGCCGUCGAAACCGCAAACGUAAAGCACUCGAUGAAUCCAUUCGACGAGCUCUCAAUCGAGGAAGCGGUGCGCAUGCGCGAGAAAAAGGCACACCAUGCGAACGCGCCCGCGGUCGAGGAAAUCGUUGCGUUCUCCGCCGGCGUCGCCAAGUCGCAGGACAUUCUGCGCACGGCCAUGGCCAUGGGCGCCGACCGCGGCAUCCACGUUGUGGUGGAGGAGAAGGACGCUCUAGAGCCGCUGGGCGUCGCGAAGCUGCUGCGCAAAGUCGUAGAUGAGCAAAAGAGCAACCUGGUGAUUCUAGGCAAACAGGCCAUUGACGACGACGCGGGGCAGACGGGCCAAAUGCUCGCGGGCCUGCUCAACUGGCCGCAAGCCACACAAGCGUCCAAGGUGACUAUCAACGAUCAAACGGUCGAGGUAGUGCAGGAAGUCGACGGCGGCGUGCAGACAAUCAAGGCGAAGCUGCCCAUGGUGAUUACCACGGAUCUGCGUCUCAACGAGCCCCGCUACGCCAGUCUCCCCAAUAUCAUGAAGGCGAAGAAGAAGCCGCUGGAGAAAAAGAGCCUCAGCGACUACGGCCUUGAUACUAAUGUCCGGCUCAAAACGGUAAAGGUUACCGAGCCCCCGCCACGCAAGGGUGGUGUCAAGGUGGAGGAUGUCGACGGCAUGAUUGGCAAGCUCAAGGAACUGGGUGCCUUGUAG